AUGCCAUAUCUGAAAUGCAUACGCCCCAUCGAAGCCAAAGAAAUAAUGUUUGAGGUAUAUGUCAAGACCUGCGGUAGCCACCAAGAAGCAAUAUCUCUUGCCUUCAAAAUUCUACAACAGGGCUACUAUUGGCCAACUAUGAGAGAGGAUGCCAAAGAGUUGGUGCGAAAAUGUGACACAUGCCAGCAUUAUGGGAAUUUGAUCCAUGUCCCAGCCGAACAGCAGGCGGCUAUAUUUGGGGUGGUUUUGGUGACGGAUAAUGGUAGGCAGUUUGAUAAUCAUAGUUUCAAGACCUUUUGUGCAAGUUAUUACAUCGAUCAUAGACUGACCUUGGUCGCCCACCCUCAAUCGAACGGGAAAGCCAAAGUGACAAAUCGAGUCAUUCUCUGGGAUUUGAAGACCAGAUUGGAGAAGGAGAAAGGACUGUGGGCAGAUGAGCCGUCUAAUGUGCUCUGA